GGGGUGUUGUCCGGUUAGGUAUUGGUAUCUUCAUCCUUCAAUCGUUCGUUCAACUAAUCUUGUUGGAGUAAUUUCCAUGAAUUGAGAUCUUAUCUUCUUCUUUGGUAUACUUAGAGCUGUCAUUCUAUCUGGAGAGAGAAAACAUUGUAGAGCAGUCAUCAUUAUGUCUUGAGAUAUAAAACAUCAAUGGGAUUGUAAGAUAAACUCUACCUAAGGAUGUGAGGCUUUGUGAUUGAAUUUGUAUCUUUGAUCCUCUGGUGCUUUGAUAGAAGUUUCUCACCUUUCCUACUCCUCCCCUCUUCUUUGAUUGGUUAACAGGAUCUGGCAUUUUAAGCAACAUUGUGAUAGAUCUGGCUUUUCUAUCAGAGGUAUGGGUACUAAACUUGUUGGCCAACAAGGUGUAAGAAUUGGAAUUGCGAGAAGUAGUGGAUGGAAUUUUGUGAGGGGAUCCAGAGUUGUCUUAAAUCCAAAAGUUGCUGGAUGUGUGCCUGACAGGAGAAAUUAUACAGUAUCUGCUUCAUGGUUUACAAAUUCUCAAAUUGCCAGGAGUGUUUUCACCCUGGGAACAGCUGCUGUUCUCCCAUUCUACACCCUCAUGGUUCUUGCUCCUAAAACAGAGCUGACCAGGAAGACCAUGGAGAGCACCAUUCCAUAUUUUGUACUUGGACUUUUGUAUGCCUAUCUUCUAUAUCUCUCCUGGACACCAGAUACCAUACGGUUAAUGUUCGCAAGUAAAUAUUGGCUGCCAGAGCUCUGCAGUAUAGGAAAGAUGUUCUCCAGUGAGAUGACCUUAGCUUCUGCAUGGAUUCAUCUGUUGGCUGUCGAUCUCUUUGCGGCAAGGCAGGUGUAUCAAGAUGGACUGGAAAAUGAGAUUGAAAUUCGGCAUUCAGUUUCGCUGUGCCUACUCUUUUGCCCUGUUGGAAUUGUUACUCAUAUGUUCACAAAGUUACUGAGCAAAAACAGAAGGAAUACGGAGUAGCGUGUAGAGUGGCAAUAUAUUUGUGCAAAAUAGUGAACAGAACACUGAAGUAGAUCUUGAACAAACAAUACCUUCAUCUGAGAAUGCAAUCAGUGUUUCUUGUAAAAUUGCAUUUACUUUUCUGAGGAGGUUCAUUCUUUUUUAGAUUAAUAGUGGGUUAUUGGCAUGGCUUAACAUGUUGUAUUUAUUCUUCAAGCUGCAUCUCAAAUGUUGUGAGUUUAAGCAUUUCCUGGGAAGUUGCACCCCCAGAAUUGAUAUAUAAAUUUGCAUACACAUCAUAAACCUUCACACAAA